AUGGCGUCUCAUGGCGGUUCCAGCUUCCUUUCCGGCCAAACUGGCCGCCUGCUACUUUUUGCUUUCGGCUUUGUGUUGUUAGUUUCUCUUCAGGCGGAAGCUGCCACCAAGAAGUAUCAGUUUGAUGUACAAGUGAAUAAUGUGAGCAGAUUGUGCCAUGCGAAACCCAUUGUAACCAUAAACGGAAGGUUUCCAGGGCCUACUAUCUACGCUAGAGAAGGCGAUAGAGUUGUCAUCAAUGUUUCAAAUCAUGCUCAAUAUAACAUGUCCAUUCACUGGCAUGGGUUGAAACAAUAUGCUAACGGAUGGGCAGAUGGACCGGCAUAUAUAACACAAUGUCCCAUUCAAACGGGAAAUAGUUACGUUUAUGACUUCAACGUUACGGGACAAAGAGGGACUUUGUGGUGGCAUGCUCAUAUUUUUUGGCUGCGAGCUACCGUCUAUGGUGCCAUUGUCAUUUUGCCCAAACAAGGAACUCCAUAUCCAUUUCCACAACCCGAUAACGAACAAGUCUUGGUGUUUGGAGAAUGGUGGCAUGGUGAUGUUGAGGAGAUUGUGAAGAAGGGGAAUGCAAUGGGAUUGCCUCCAAACAUGUCGGAUGCCCACACCAUCAAUGGCAAACCUGGUCCCCUCUUUCCCUGUUCGGAAAAACAUACCUUUGCCAUGGAAGUUGAGCAAGGGAAGAAAUACCUUUUGAGGAUCGCAAACGCKGCCCUCAACGACGAACUCUUCUUUGCAGUGGCAGGCCACAACAUGACGGUGGUCGAAAUCGACGCCGUUUAUACCAAACCCUUYACCACYUCCGCCAUACUAAUCKCCCCUGGYCAAACCACCAACGUUUUAGUUUAUGCCAACCGUGCUCCAGGACGCUAUUUCAUGGCGGUCCGACCCUUCCAGGACGUUCCAAUUCCGGUCGACAACAAAACCGCCACCGCCAUUUUCCAGUACAAAGGCAUUCCUGAAACCGUUCUCCCAUCACUCCCUCAGUUGCCAUCACCAAACGACACCGCAUUUGCUUUGAGCUAUAACAAGAAGCUCCGGAGCCUCAACACUCGGAACUUCCCGGCAAAUGUUCCGUUGAAGGUCGACCGGAAACUUCUUUUCACCGUCGGCUUAGGAAAGAGCGUGUGCCCGACCUGCAUCAACGGAACCCGGCUUUCGGCUUCGCUGAACAACAUUACAUUUGUGAUGCCGCAAACCGGGCUUCUCCAAGCUCACUACUGGAACAAGAAAGGGGUGUUUAGCGCCGAUUUCCCCGAUAAGCCACCAAAAGCCUUCAACUACACGGGUGCACCCUUGACKGCGAACCUUUUCACUUCUMAUGGAACCAGACUGAGCAAAAUCUCCUUCAAUUCAACAGUUGAACUUGUGAUCCAAGACACCAAUUUACUGAGCGUUGAAUCCCAUCCGUUUCACCUUCAUGGAUACAAUUUCUUUGUUGUGGGAACAGGCAUUGGGAACUUUGAUCCGGCUAAGGAUCCAGCCAAGUAUAACUUGGUGGAUCCACCAGAAAGAAACACCGUGGGUGUUCCUACGGGUGGUUGGUCUGCCAUUCGCUUCAGAGCCGACAAUCCAGGUGUUUGGUUUUUUCACUGUCAUCUGGAGCUGCAUACUGGUUGGGGAUUGAAGACGGCGUUUGUGGUAGAAGAUGGGCCGGGAAAAGACCAGGCCGUCCGUCCUCCGCCCAAGGAUCUUCCGCCAUGCUAACUACACAUUAUCAUUUGUCUUGUAAUAAAUGAAAUGUAUAUUUGCAUGCAAGUGCUCAAGCAUUUCUAAUUGAAAAUGCUUCAUUUUUUCGUUCUUUUUCCCAAGUCUCUUGUAAUCCAUGGAUGUUCAACAAUGUGGCAUCUUGAAUUGAAGUAAAUAAAAUAU